GAUGCCCGGAUUGGUCCGGAAAUGUUCAAUUAGGGUUGCUCUCGGCGUGUCUCAUUGUUUUGUUUACAAAUCAGUCGUCCUUUCGGUGUUAUGUAAUCUUUCACCUAGUGCGUUCCCGUGUCCUGCCAAUUCGCUCCGAGGUAUUCCCACUAAAAUCGCAGACGUUGGCCGAUGACUGAAGGGUAAAAAUUAAAAAGAUGGCCACGACAGAACAGUUUUCCUUGCGAUGGAACAACUUCCACUCGAAUUUAACCUCUGGCUUCCACGAGCUGCUGCAAGCCGCUGACAUGGUGGAUGUUACUUUGGCGGUCGAUGGGCACUUCCUGCAAGCGCACAAGAUUGUGCUGUCGAUCUGCAGCCCCUACUUUAAGCAGAUGUUUAAAGCUAACCCUUGCAAACAUCCGAUAGUCAUACUCAAAGACGUCGGCCACGAAAACAUGAAAGACAUCUUGCAGUUUAUGUAUAUGGGCGAGGUUAGCGUGUUGAGGGAUAAUCUGUCGUCGUUUCUGCGCACCGCUGAGGUAUUGCAGGUUAAGGGGUUGACUGGAGAUGAUCCGAUGGAAGAGUCUUCGGCACACAAAACCGGUAAAUCCGAAUGCGACAACGACGACAGCACCGAGAUUUACAACGAGCUGAUCGAAUCGGCCGACGUCGAACUACCUACAAGCUACUCGGGCACGCCGCCCCAGACAUCUCCCUUACCGCUGAAUGUGUGCAAGCGUCCACCGAAAUCCUCUAAUACAUUGGUAAAUGCGAAAAAAUCAAAGUGUGACCAGAGGCCCGUGAAACAUGAUCCCGAGCAUCAGAAACAACAACCAGACCACCAUGGCUCUGAUGUGGGCGAAUUGCAGAGCAGUCCUGAUCGGGAUGACCACAAGGAGCAUGUCAAGUCGCCAGCGAUUCCGUGGGAAAACAAUCUGACUGGUAUCCAGGCUAACUCUGGAUUAACAGGCGAUCCAAAUUAUUCUGACCAAGAUUCGUACGCGACCGAUAACAAGGGUCACGUUUUCUGUCCGUACUGUUGCCGGAAGUUCGUCAACCGCUACAACCUAAAGGUGCACAUUAGGGACAAACACGAAACUAACUCGACCGAUCUGGACUGUCAGAUUUGUGGGAAGACGAUGCGCAACCAGAGCUGCUUACGGGUCCACAUGUACCAUCAUCGUAAGCAGCAGAUCGAUGCGGCAGGUAUCGUGUGACGAUAUGCGUAAGACGUAUGUGUAGUUUUAACGGAAAUUAUUCGCGGAUUCUGGGUUCUAUCUAAAGUAAACGUAAAAAAUAGUGGCCGAAAAGUGUACGGGCCUCCUUUGAAUCCUGGCAGCGAUUGGGGGCCAAUUAAUUAUAGGCGGUAGGUAGCUACGUGACGUGCUGUGGGUAUUUUAUUCCUUGGUGUAUUUAUUUUUUAAACCGUUCUUUUUUUGCUCUAUAAAAGCAUUCCGAAAUUUAUUGGAUAGGCGCAAGAAAUUAUAAUAAACUUGUUCAGUGAUACUAUACGAACAUUCCAAAGUAGAAUUAAGGCUUUCUCCUGUUUUUUUUUUUUUUUCAGUGUGGGCUGCACCGCAAAAUUUACUCUUUAUACAUUUGCCGUUGUUUAUGUAUAUAUCAGUUACUCCUUAUAAUGGGAAAUUGAUGCGAUUGCUUUUAUUUUGUUGUGACGCAUCUUCCGCUGCACAGAUCAAAUAAGAGUUUUUUUUAUCAUCUGUCAUUCAAAAUCUUAAACUUCAUCAUUGGAAUUGCAACCGAGCUGGGGGAAUGUUUUUGAUGGAUUUAUUUUAACCCCAAAGUUUUUAUUUCUUUUUUUUUUUCUGUGAUGAUUUCUGCAGAAACGCACAAUCAGUCGAUAACUCAGUACAUAUUUUUGUCUAUAAUAACAUCGCAGUAAUUCUGCCGAUCAAAGAAAAAACUCUCACGUAGUCACAUACAGUUGCUUGUAUGUUAGAAAAAUACGAGAUCGUACGGUUAGAGAAUGACGAAAAAAGCUCAAUUUAUUAUUUAUUACUAUUAGGGAGGAUGGAAAGUUGUUAUUUUUAUGUUUUAGUACUGGAUGAAGAUUGUUAUUGAUAUUGGGAAAAACGUUUUAAUAAAUGAGAAUCUUGGUACUUUUUGUUU